UAGAAACAAUUUCUUUCUGAUAUAAGGCACGGACGUUCUUAUUAUUUCGAGGAAGUUGGGACGGUUGUGAUUGGUUUAAAGAAGCCAGAGAGUUUCCCGUGUCGCCACCUGACAAUGCGAAACCAUGAAGCCGUGAUGUCCAUAUGACAGCCGCUGGGCGAGAGCUGCAGAAGCGGAAGCAGUCCGAGCUGUGUCCGCCAGCAGGCAGCAGCUCCGACAGCAUGGACAGCGAUGACGGGAGCGUGGAGGAAGUCGUGGAAGGUCCAUUGGAUGAAGAUGAUCAGCCUCAUGGUUUCUGCACUGUGUCCUAUUCAUCCAGUGACCGUUUUGAGGGCCACUUUAGCCACGGAGAGAAGAAUGGCCGGGGGAAGUUCUUCUUCUUUGAUGGCAGUGCACUUGAGGGCUUCUACGUGGACGAUGCCCUGCAGGGCCAGGGCGUGUACACGCAUGAAGACGGAGCUGUCCUCCAUGGGACAUAUGUAGAUGGAGAGCUCAACGGGCCCGCUCAGGAGUGGGAUGCCGAGGGCCGCCUGUUGUUCAGGGGCCAGUACAAAGACAACAGCCGCUGUGGGGAAUGCUGGGUCUACUACCCUGGUGGAGGCUGUGUGUUUGGGGAGGUGAACGAGGACGGCGAGAUGACCGGUGAAGCUGUAGCCUACAUCUACCCUGACGGACACACGGCUCUCUACGGACGCUUUGUGGACGGAGAGCUCAUAGAGGCUCGCCAUGCCACCCUUAUUUCCAGCCUAAGUGGAAGGCCACGCUUUGAAAUCGCAGCCAACAGUCCGGUGUACUCAUACGACAAGUCGACGUCCACCUGUAUUACUGCCCACGCCCUGCUUCCCGACCCCUAUGAGAGCCAAAGGGUGUUCGUGGCCGACUCUACGAUCAAAGGAGCAGGACAGGGCCUGUUUGCCAAGACGGACGCUGAGCCAGACACUGUGAUGGCUUUUUAUAACGGAGUCCGCAUCACACACUCCGAGGUGGACAGCAGGGACUGGGCCCUGAACGGGAACACCAUCUCAUUGGACGAGGACACGGUGAUUGACGUCCCUCAGCCAUUUGACCAGACAGACAGAUACUGUGCCUCUCUGGGUCACAAGGCAAACCACUCCUUCACCCCCAACUGCAAAUAUGAGCCGUUUGUCCACCCUCGUUUUGGGUCAAUCAAGUGCGUCCGGACCUUAAGGGCUGUGCAGAAAGACGAGGAGCUGACGGUUGCCUAUGGUUACGAUCUGGAGCCAGCGGGGAAAAAUGGCCCUGAGGCCCCUGAUUGGUACAAGCAGGAGCUAAAGGAGUUCCAGCAGAGACAGGCGGCGCCCAGCAGCCCGUGAAGACUCCUGCAGACCCCGCUGGAUGUUUGUGAAGUUACUUCCUACGGGGGUCAGAGGAGUACUGCUGGAGCAGCUCAGUGAGUGGAAGCUAAGCAACACAAAAAGUGUGCAAGAAAGCAGAUGUUAGAAGAGGAGACAUGUCUCUGAUGAAGACUGUUAUCCUUCUUGCGGUCAAUAGCUUCACUUAAAGGCAUACUAUGCAGGAAUUGUCACUUACUAUUUGUUAACACAACAAUUAAAGUUACUGCCGGCCCCUUGACCGCCAGCGCUUGGCUACAGCGUACUGCACAGCAUACUGCCCGGCAAGACGGCCCUAGACUUGCCUCAAUAUAUUUGCUUUUUUUGAGACUGUGUCACUGUAGCUUCUUCUUGGAUUUGGCUUACGCAGCAUGGCACUACACAUUCAGAGGCUGAUGCCAGAAACAUCUCCAACACAGAACACACCAGGAAGAAAAACCAGCCAGGGUGCAGGCUUCUCUGCACAUAUACUCAUACAGGUGGUGGAAAGUCCUGCAUAAUAUACCUUUUUUUUUUUUAUAACUGUCAGCUGUUUGAGGCAGCUGCUGCAAAUUAUCUUCCUGUGUCGUCUGCUUAGCUCCCUACUAAUUUCAACUAAUUCAGUAUACUUCCAUCGACUUAUUUAUUCACAACGUGAAAUUGGUGAAGAACUUAAUUUCCUGAGCUUUGUGAAGGUGAUGUGUAUCUUCAUGAAGAAAAUCAUUGAUACUCUACGGCUACGGUCUUUAUCUGUGUUUACAUGCUGCAAAAUAAACAAUCCACAAUUA